AAAAAAAAAGAGAAAGCUUUCUUCCCGUCGUCUGACGACCACCGGUGGAUGAGUUGGCUGGGGGGCAUCUGGCAGUGUAAAGAGCGCCGCGUUUGUCUGCUCUUCUUUUCCUUGUGUGUUUUUUACUGCCCGCGUUCUCCAAUCUUUGCCCCGUGGGCUGCGCUCGUCCUGUCCCUCGCCUCGUGCUUUCCUGCCAGCCAUCCCCCAAAACCACACACACACACACACACACGCAAAAAAGGGUUCUUUCUCUCUUGCCUGCAGGAGGAGCUGGAGUUCCUUGGUGCAAUGAGCUUUCGUGCGACGAGGACGAGCAAGAUUGCUGUUUGUGGUAAUUCCCUGAGUUCUUGAUGGAAUGAGGCGAGUGGGGCUCCCUGUUUCUUUGUUCUGAAAACGAAAAGCCGCCGCCCGGGAGAUUGAGUUCUUGACGCCGGAAUGAGGGAUUUCCCGUCUUGCUUUGGGGAGAAUGGAGUUCAGGUUGCUGAUUCCUCGUCGUCGAGCGCCGGCAAGACAGCGCAGAAUCUGGUGAGCUGCGUCUACCGGACGCAGCUCUGCAGCCGGUCUUGCGUGAUCACGGUGACAUGGAGCAAGAACCUGAUGAGCCAGGGGCUUACCAUCGGGAUAGAUGAUUCUGCCAACCGGAGUCUCUGCAAGGUGGAUAUAAAGCCAUGGUUGUUCUCGAAGAGGAAAGGCUCGAAGAGCUUGGAGGCGGAGAAUAGCAAGGUCGACGUCUUCUGGGACCUCUCUGCUGCCAGAUUUGGAUCCGGGCCCGAGCCGUUGGAAGGUUUCUAUGUUGCGGUGGUCUUUGAUCUUGAGAUGGUGCUCCUGCUUGGAGAUUUGACCAAGGAAGCCUACCGGAAGACCAGUGCGACCCCGCCGCCUUCGAAUGCACUGUUCAUAGCCAGGAGGGAGCACAUAUAUGGCAAGAACGUCUACUGUACAAAGGCUCAAUUUUGCGACAAUGGGCAAGUUCAUGAUAUUGCAAUCGAGUGCGAGACGGUUGGGCUCAGAGAUCCCAGCCUUGAGAUUCGCAUCGACAAGAAGAGGGUAAUGCAGGUGAAGCGACUCGCAUGGAAGUUCCGGGGAAAUCAGACGAUCCUGGUCGACGGGCUCCCUGUGGAGGUGUUUUGGGAUGUCCACAACUGGCUCUUCGGGCCCACAACUGGAAAUGCCGUCUUCAUGUUUCAGACUUGCAUUUCAGCUGAGAAAUUGCUGCCAUGGUCUUCCUCGCAGAUUUUCAGGGAAUCUCAGUUGCAAGGGCUAGGUUUCUCCUUGAUAUUGUAUGCUUGGAAGGAUGAGUAGGUGUAGGCAGGAGGAAAUGUUUGCUCCCUCAUCUUCACCUUUGAGUGCUAACGAAACACUUCUAGCGAGUGAUUUGUUUUUAACGAUGUGCGUGAGGCUCCCAUUUGUUCUUGUUUUCUUUCUGCCCCUCUUUUGCCAUCCCUCUUAUAAAUUUGAUCUGUUUGAAUAUAUUGGGAACGAUCUGAAACUUCUUAUUGGUUACUCUCAAUGUUUCUUCUCAGUUCCUCAGUUUGCAUCUUAUGUUGGAGCAGUUAUUGAAUCACUGUACUUUAUCUGUGGAAAAAAUAAUAUUGUUAUGUACAUUUACUCAAAAAUCUGAAAGCAAUAGAGAAUAUAUUUUGAUGAUAAA